CAGCCCCACCCCUCCCCGCCGCCGGCCGCCCGCCCGCUUGGUAUUAUGAUUAGCUCUGGGUGCGGGGAAUCGGCGGCCGGGAGGGAGUCGUCGGAGCCGCGGCCGCUGCAGACGGUCGCCCGCCUGCGGGCUGAGGAGAAAGAAGCACCGAACAGAACAGAGCCGUAGCAAGGACCGUUGGGAGCGCAGUCCGCAGGGCAUGUCUCGGAGCCGGUACAGAGCCGCCGACUCUCUGUGUCCAUGGCAACACUGAGAAUGACUUCCUCCUUUUCCCCAGACACCCUCCUAUGAGAGGACCCGCGUCGGACGGCCUGCACGUUGUCUCCUCCCCGGGCCAGCAUGGCAGGGUUCAAGCGAGGGUACGACGGGAAGAUUGCGGGCUUGUACGACCUGGAUAAGACCCUGGGCCGGGGCCAUUUCGCGGUGGUCAAGCUCGCCAGGCACGUCUUCACGGGCGAGAAGGUGGCCGUGAAAGUAAUCGACAAGACCAAACUGGACACGCUGGCCACUGGCCAUCUUUUCCAGGAAGUGAGGUGCAUGAAGCUGGUGCAGCACCCCAACAUCGUGCGCCUCUACGAGGUGAUCGACACCCAGACCAAGCUGUACCUCAUUCUGGAACUCGGGGACGGAGGGGACAUGUUCGACUACAUCAUGAAGCACGAGGAGGGGCUCAACGAGGACUUGGCCAAGAAGUACUUCGCGCAGAUAGUCCACGCCAUCUCCUACUGCCAUAAGCUCCACGUGGUCCACAGAGACUUGAAGCCGGAGAACGUGGUCUUCUUCGAAAAGCAGGGCCUCGUGAAGCUGACGGACUUCGGUUUCAGCAACAAGUUCCAGCCGGGGAAGAAGCUCACGACCAGCUGCGGGUCCCUGGCCUACUCUGCUCCAGAAAUCCUGCUCGGCGACGAGUACGACGCGCCCGCAGUAGAUAUAUGGAGCCUGGGGGUGAUCCUGUUCAUGCUGGUGUGCGGGCAGCCGCCCUUCCAGGAGGCCAACGACAGCGAGACGCUGACCAUGAUCAUGGACUGCAAGUACACGGUCCCGGCUCACGUGUCCAAAGAGUGUAAAGACCUGAUCACCCGGAUGCUGCAGCGAGACCCCAAGAGGAGGGCCUCCUUGGAGGAGAUCGAAAACCACCCGUGGCUUCAGGGAGUGGACCCCUCCCCCGCCACCAAGUACAACAUCCCCCUGGUGUCGUACAAGAACCUCUCGGAGGAGGAGCACAACAGCAUCAUUCAGCGCAUGGUGCUCGGGGACAUAGCGGACCGGGACGCCAUUGUCGAAGCCCUGGAGACCAACCGGUACAACCACAUCACGGCCACGUACUUCCUGCUCGCCGAGAGGAUCCUGAGGGAGAAGCAGGAGAAAGAGAUACAGACCCGGUCCGCCAGCCCCAGCAACAUCAAGGCCCAGUUUAGGCAGUCGUGGCCCACCAAGAUCGACGUGCCCCAGGACCUGGAGGACGACCUCACGGCCACGCCGCUGUCCCACGCGACUGUCCCUCAGUCGCCCGCGCGGGCCGCCGACAACGUCCUCAACGGCCACCGGAGCAAAGGCCUGUGUGACCCGGCGAAGAAGGACGACCUGCCCGAGCUGGCCGGGCCGGCCCUGGCCGCGGCGCCGCCGGCCAGCCUGAAGCCCGCGGCCAGCGGGCGGAAGUGCCUGUUCCGGGUGGAAGAGGACGAGGAGGAAGACGAGGAGGACAAGAAGCCCGUGUCCCUCUCCACGCAGGUGGUGCUGCGCCGCAAGCCCUCGGUGACCAACCGCCUGACGUCGAGGAAGAGCGCGCCGGUGCUGAACCAGAUCUUCGAGGAGGGCGAGUCGGACGACGAGUUCGACAUGGAUGAGAACCUGCCGCCCAAGCUGAGCAGGUUGAAGAUGAACAUCGCGUCCCCGGGGACGGUGCACAAGCGCUACCACCGCCGGAAAAGCCAGGGCCGCGGCUCCAGCUGCAGCAGCUCGGAGACCAGCGACGACGACUCGGAGAGCCGCCGGCGGCUCGACAAGGACAGCGGCUUCCCCUACUCCUGGCACCGCCGGGACAGCAGCGAGGGGCCGCCGGGCAGCGAGGGCGACGGCGGCGGCCAGAGCAAGCCGAGCCCCGGCAGCGGCGGCGCGGACAGGGCCAGCCCCGGCGAGGGCGGCGCUGGCGGGGGUGGCGCGUCGGGAGGCUCGGGCGGCGCCCCGGGCGGCACGUCGGGCAGCGCUCGCCGCUGCGCGGGCCCUGCCAACUCCAGCGCCACGCAGCUGGCGGCCCGCAGUGCCGGGGAGCUGGUGCAGAGCCUCAAACUCAUGGGCCUGUGCCUGGGCUCCCAGCUGCACGGGGGCGCCAAGUACAUUAUCGACCCGCAGCACGGCCUGACCUUCUCCAGCGUCAAGGUCCAGGAGAAGUCCUCGUGGAAGAUGUGCAUCAGCUCUGCCGGGAACGCCGGCCCGGCGCCGGCGGUGGGCGGCAUCAAGUUUUUCUCCGACCACGUGGCGGCCAGCACGGCUGAGCUAGAACGGAUAAAGAGCCAGAACCUGAAAAAUAACGUGCUCCAGCUACCUCUGUGCGAAAAGACCAUCUCUGUGAACAUCCAGCGGAACCCUAAAGAGGGGCUGCUGUGCGCCUCCAGCCAAGCCAGCUGCUGCCACGUCAUCUGACCGCGGGGCCGGCCGCCGGACGCUUCCUGCCGGGAGCGGCGAGGACCGCCCCUUCGCUGUGUCCUUCCCGGCCGUGCUGUUCCGCAGCGGGCAGUUAUUUAUUACUUUCCCAUUUGUUCGCCUGGCGCCGUGACAAUGCAUGGUCUUUGUGCAUGCUGCUGCUGGACACCACCUUCCCUUUCCAGCCGAACAGUCUGCUGUGUUAUUUUUACAUUCAUGAUUUUAAUGUGGGUGACCAGGAGUCAAUUAAAUUGUAUAUUUGGAACCCAGUGUCAGUGGAGCACUUAGAAAUUUCAUGUUCUGUACUUAACCCAGAGAGAGGAGAAAAGGCUUUUGUUUCCUUGUUGAAAAAUCUAAAUUCCUGUCCUGACCUUCCGGUGAUACGGAAACUCCGUGCUCUGAGGCACACUCCGGUGUCCGAGACAGAACCAAAGCAAUAACGGUGUGCGGCCGGCUGGCCGGGGGCCCGCCCGCCCCCGCGCGCGCAGACGGGCGCCUGCCUGCCUGCCAGCCCUCCGGGGCCUGCGCGGAGCCGGGUGCAGCCAGCGUCCGCACUAGAACCUCAAGCCGUGAUUUCAGCAUACCCACACCUGUUUGUCUUAAGCUAUAGUGUGAAAAAAGGUUUGGGCUCUUAAAAGUUAACUGAAAAAGAUGUUCUUGUUUUGUACUAGGUGAGAUAAAGAACUUAGAUUUAUAAGGCAGCUUUCCCUGUAGCGGUAAAUUACAAGCAGACAAUCUUCUUUUGUGACGCGAUGAAGUGAACUGAUGACGUCUUAACUCUCGCGAUAGAGUGUGCGUCUGUUUAACAGAACACGACGACGCUCUGUGUUAGCUCCCGCGUGUCGGGCACGGCCCGGGGUUCCUCGAAGACCAGGGGGGCGGGGGGCGCUGUCGGGCCGCACACGGAAGCAGAGGCGCACACAGAGGGAGACAAAGUCAAAAGCCCAUCGACUUAGGAAACAUGCACAUAUGGGUUUGGUUUUAGGGGGUUUGGUAAUGAGGUUGUCUCCUUCGCUAUUUCUAUUUUACUCAUCCUUUAGCUCAAUGAGCUAUGAACAUUGGCUGAUCAGAAAUUACACAUAAAAGGGUAGAAGUCACACAUACAAGCAAACAAAAAUGCACAAAGCCUGCUUUGUGUGUGUGUGUGUGUGUGUGUGUGUUUUCUGCUGGAGGUGUUUUUCACUUUGCCUUCCUGCCACAACGGUAAUCCAAGAACUCUCGCUUUACACUGCUCCUGUACAAAGACUACUUCUGACCAGGUAAUCACCUUUCCUGACAUUUUGUUUGUGGGACACAGUAUGUCGCAGAUUGCUGAUCUGGGGAGGGGCCAGGCGCCCCUUUGUCCUGCUGUGCCCCGUGCUCGUCCACCCUGGGGAUGGGAUGCGGCAGGGCCCGGGGCCGUCCCGCCCCCGGCAGCCUCCAGCGUCACCGCCCAUCCCCCCCCCAGCAGCUGGCUCCUGGUGGCUGAGUGGGCCGAGCACCGAGGGGCGGCGGUCUGUGGGUCACGGUCUCUCCAAGCGUACACUGAUCUUGCUACUUUAGUAUUCAUGUAUUUUACUCAGAACUCUGGAUUUCACUGUAUACUUACUCAACUAAGUAAAGAUGAGACAAAACACAUCUUUUACUUUCUAGACCUAGGCUAGGUAAUAUUUUAAGCUAUAGCUCUAGUCCAUUGUGAUACUUAUAACCGAAAGCUACAAGAAUAGAUGUGUGGGUGAAGCCAUAGAACACGUUUGCUUGAAAUUCCUGAGCAGGGAUCUCCUAAAGGGCCAGAAACAAGAUGUGUGGUUCGUUCACACAGGUCGUGAGCGUAACAUCUGUACUAAACGUAGGGGAGAAGUUUAUAAAAAGGGCAUUGGCAAUAAACUCUUUGUUGCAGCUGUUUUCCAAGUAAUUGUAAAUACUUUUUCCUGUGAUUAUGUAUAGCCUCGGAAUGGCACCUUUUAACCCAUGUGUGUUCAGUUUCCAACGGUUUUUUUAUACCCAGGUGUAUAUAUAUGGUGCUCUCGUUAGAGUCGGCAGUGUUGACCGUCCACGCCGUACAGCUGUAUCAUACAUAGCCUUACUAGUUGUGUGUGGUUGGGUGGCCCUCCGGGUGCACACGAGUUCGUCUGAGUGGCGUCUCCUCCAUGUGUUCAUACGUGAACGGUUGUGCAUGUGUUGUGUGUCACCGUGUGCUGUCACAGAAAAGGGAGGGAGCGAAGAACCAUUACAUUAAGAUAAUAUUGGACCAAACUACUUAACUUGCUCUAAACGGUUCCCUGUACCCCUUAACCUGUCUUCAGAAGUUGCAUAGAGUUAACAGUAGUGUGUAAGUUAAAUAUUGUGGACAAUUAUUCUUGUACUUUUCUGUAUGUGUGUGUAUAUAUAUACAUAUAUGUGUAUAUAUAUAUAAAAAAUUAUGUACUUCUGGCAAUUCUAUCUGUAUUUAACAAUGUGACAAUCUUGACACCGAUUUUAAGAGUCGUCGUGAGACUGAAUCAAGCAUUCAGAUAUUUCUGCCGAGCGAGAAUCAGUGUGUGUUAAGAGGGUACAGAAUUCUCAGCCGAUCUGGUCAGCUGCUUCCACUGCGGGUUGGUUUUCCUCAUUGUGUGAACAUUGGCAGGUAUGUGACAAAUGGGAAAAAACCCCAACAAUAAAGUGGCAUAUUGGUGUUCAGCAAUGUAAA